AGCAGGAGUGUCUCGUGGAACCUUUAGGGGUCCUUGUUGCAGGUUGGGAAUAUGAGGCAGUUUGUGCCUCUGAAAGUCUUCCCUUUACAGAGGCAAGAAGAGGUGAAUGGUAAAGAUGAAUCAGUGGCCUUGUUAAAUUCAUCCGUACAAUUUUUAUACAUUUCCGGUCCUGAGAACAAAAGAAUAAAAUUGCACACCUGCUAAUGAAUGAAGCUUUAGAGAUUUCCACUCUUUGGGAAUGAUAGUUGAGCCCAGAGGAAAAAUGAACCAAGGAAGAGCGGCUUGGGAAAGACUGGCACUUUGUGGUUCUCUUCACAUGGAAGGCAGUGUGAUAAUUCAAGAAAAGGCAGGAUUGAAGGUCCAAAAUGAAGAAACAGUGAUUUUUGGUGCAAACAGGCAACCCUUCAGGGAGUUCUGCUACCAGGAUUCUGAGGGUCCCCGAGGACUCUGCAGCCGCCUGCAUCACUUUUGCAAACGAUGGCUGAACCCAGAAAAGCACACUAAAGCCCAGAUGCUGGACAUGGUGGUCUUGGAGCAGUUCCUGUCCAUCAUGCCACCCAAGAUGGGGAACUGGGUGCGGGAAUGCGAACCCGAGACCAGUUCCCAGGCAGUGGCCCUGGCUGAAGGCUUCCUUCUGAGCCAAGGAGAGGAGAAGCACCAAGGAGAAAUGCAGGGGGAGGCGUCCUUCCUGGGGUUAAUCACUGAGGUUCCUGAGGCAAAAGGGGAUCCAGUAAAUCUUUGUCAAAACAAUUUCCUUGGCGGAAUCUCCACAAAGGAUCUAAAUCGGGACUUGUCACCAGAGAACAGCGUCAUAUACCAGGUGGUGGUAGGAGAAACAUCUCUUUCUGGUGAAGCUGAAACCAAUGUUGGGCAGGAUCCCAUAUCCUUCAAGGAGUUGUUUGUCUUCUUCACCAAGGAGGAGUGGGACCUGCUUGAUCCCACACAGAAAGCUUUGCAUGGAGAAGUCAUGCUGGAGACCUCCUGGAAUGUAGCUUCUCUGUGCAAUGAGCAGAAGAAUGAGAUUUACCAGGAACCAGAAGACACACCUUUACAGAUUUUUAAGGUUAAAGUGGGAGAAGAAACCUUCCAAAAUCAUUGGCAACCAAAAAGUGAAGAUGGAAUCCAAUUAAAUGAUCCACAGGAAAUAAAUCCUCCUUUAUGUCUGGAAAUCUAUGAUUUGCUGACCCAAGAAGAUCUUAAUAGAGAGAGAAUGGGGCAGUAUUUAGACUUCAAUAAAAUAUUUGAAGAACAAUCUAACUUCACUCACCCAUUUGAAUGGACACAGGAAAGGAAUCGGUAUGAUCAGAAUUCCCCAUCUUAUUGGGCGGAUGAGAUGGAGAAAAAGACAUUAGAAUGUAAGGAUUAUGAAAGCAACUUCAACUACCUCCACAAACCUAUUUCCCAUAAAAUGAAUCCCAUCGAAGAGAAUCCAUACAAGUGUACUGUUCAUGGAAGGAGCUUUGCAAGGAAUGACACACUUAUCACCCAUUUAAAAAAUCAUACAGGGGAGAAACCAUACAAAUGCACAUUGUGCGGAAAGUGCUUCACAAGGAACGAUAAACUUAUUGCCCACAUUAGAGUUCACACAGGGGAGAAGCCAUAUAAAUGCACAGAAUGUGAAAAGAGCUUCACAAGAAAUGACAAACUUGUCAAUCAUAUCAGAAUCCACACAGGGGAGAAACCGUAUGAAUGCUCUGAGUGUGGAAAGAAAUUCACAAAGAGUACAGAUCUUACAGCCCAUAAAAGGAUCCACACAGGGGAGAAACCCUAUAAAUGCACAGAGUGUGGGAAGAGCUACAGCCACUCUAGUAAUCUGAGUACCCAUAAGAGUAUCCACAAAAAGGAAAAACCACAUAAAUGCAUGGAUUGUGGAAAGAGCUUUAUAAGGAGCACAGAUCUUACUUCCCAUAAAAGGAUCCACACAGGAGAGAAACCACAUGAGUGCAAGGAGUGCAGAAAGAGCUUCACUCACUACAAUACCCUUACUUCCCAUAAAACCAUCCACACAGGAGAGAAAUCAUAUAAAUGUAUGGAAUGCGGGAAGAGCUUCAGGACAAACAGUUCCCUAACUUCCCACAAAAGGAUACACACAGGCGAGAAGCCAUAUAAAUGUAUGGAGUGUGGAAAGACCUUUAGAAUAAGCAGUAGUCUUACAUCCCAUCAAAGGAUCCAUACAGGCGAGAAGCCAUAUAAAUGUAUGGAGUGUGGAAAGACCUUUAGAAUAAGCAGUAGUCUUACAUCCCAUCAAAGGAUCCAUACAGGCGAGAAGCCAUAUAAAUGCAUAGAAUGUGGAAGUAGCUUCAGGACUAGCAGUUAUCUUACUUCCCAUAAAAGAAUUCACACGGGGGAAAAACCCUAUCAAUGCCCAGACUGUGGAAAGAGCUUCAAUCUUUCUAGCACCUUUGCUUUCCAUAAAGCAGUCCAUACAGGGGAGAAGCCCUAUCAGUGCAUGGACUGUGGGAAGAGCUUCAAUCAUCCUAGCACCCUCACUUCCCACAAAAGGACCCACACAGGAGAGAAACCCUAUCAAUGCACAGACUGUGGAAAGAGUUUCAGUCACCCUAGCACGCUCACUUCCCACAAAAGGAUCCACACAGGAGAGAAACCUUAUCACUGUGUAGAGUGUGGAAAGAGUUUCAACCACUCCAGCAAUCUUGCUUCCCAUAAAAGAAUCCACACAGGGCAGCGGAAAUAUAAGUGCCUAGCAUGUGGAAAGGGUUUCACUCAAAGUUCUCACCUUAUUUCCCAUCAAAAAAUCCACAAUUAUAUGGGAAAGAAACCAUUUAAAUGCAAAGUAUGUAGGAAAAGCUUCAGCAAGUACAGCAAAAUUAUUGCACACGAAAGAAUCCACACAGGAGAGAAGCCAUUUAAAUGCAUGGAAUGUGGUAAGAGCUUUACUCAGAGUAGUCAUCUUACUUCCCAUAAAAGGAUCCACACAGGGGAGAAGCCUUAUAAAUGCUUGCAAUGUGGAAAGAGCUUUACUCAAAAUAGUCAUCUUACUUAUCAUAAAAGGCUUCACUCAGGAGAGAAACCUUACAAAUGCACGGAAUGUGGAAAGAGCUUUGCUGAUUCCAGUUCCCUUCUUGUGCAUAAAAGGAUCCACACAGGGGAGAAACCUUACAAAUGCACAGAAUGUGGCAAGAACUUCACCCUGAGUAGUCACCUUACUUCCCAUAAAAGGAUCCACACAGGAGAGAAACCAUUUCAGUGUAUGGAAUGUGGAAAGAGCUUUAGUACGAAGAGUUCUCUUAAAUUUCAUAAAAAGAUCCAUACAGGGGAAAGACCGUAUAUAUGCAUGAAAUGCGGAAAGAGCUUCAAGCGAAUUGCUGAUCUAACUCGACAUGACAGAACACAUAGAAAAGAAGUUUCAUACAAAUCUACGAGGUGUGGUAAAAGCUUCCAUAACAGCAGAUACCUUACUUCACAAGAGUAUUAUUAAUGCCACAGUGGGGAGAACCCAUAUAAAUGCAAGAAAUAGUGUGGGAAAAAUUUCAGGAGUGCCACUAAUCUGAAUGAACACAAAAGGAUCCAUUCGGGUGAAAAGCCAUAUAAAUGCGCAGAAUGUGGGAAAAGCUUUAGGUGGAGCAGUUGCCUUACAUCCCAUAGAAGGAUCCACACGGGGGAGAAACCGUACAAAUGCACAGAGUGUGGAAAGGACUUCCGGAGGAGCUGUUCUCUCACUACUCAUAAAAGAAUUCACACAGGGGAGAAACCAUACCAAUGUACUGAGUGCGGAAAGAGUUUCACUACGAAUAGUAGCCUGACUUCUCAUAAAAGAAUUCACACCGGUGAAAAGCCAUAUACCUGCCUGGAAUGUGGGAAGACUUUCCGCAAGAGUUACAACCUUACUUGCCAUAAAAGGGUACACAUGAGAUAUAAACCAUAGACUCAAGAAGAAUGCAUGGAAGAUGGGAAAAGUUUCAAGUGGGACAUCCCUCUUGCUUUCCAUAGAAGCAUCCUUGUAGAAGGAAAACCCUAUCAAUGUACGGACUGCGGCAACAGCUUCAACAACAGCAGCCAUUUUAUUUCCCAUAAAAGGACCCACUCGGGGGAGAAACCAUAUAAGUGCCUUGAGUGUGGAAAGAGCUUUAGUGAAAAUAGCUCCCUGACUUCCCAUAAAAGGAUCCAUUCAGGCGAGAAACCGUAUAAAUGUGUGGACUGCGGAAAGAGCUUCAGUCAGAGCGGACAACUCACUUCUCAUAAAAGGAUCCACACGGGAGAAAAGCCAUAUAAAUGCACAGAAUGUGGCAAGAACUUCAGUCAGAAUGGUCAGCUCACUUCACAUAAAAGGCUCCAUUCUGGAGAGAAACCGUAUAAAUGCACAGAAUGUGGAAAGAGCUUCAACCAGAGCGGCCAUCUGACUUUUCAUAAAAGGAUUCACACUGGAGAGAAACCAUAUAAAUGUAUAGAGUGUGGGAAGAGCUUCACCAUAAGCAGUCACCUUACUUCCCAUAAAAGGAUCCACACGGGGGAGAAACCCUAUAAAUGCACUGAGUGCGGAAAGACCUGCAGUACCAACAGUGAUCUUACUUUGCAUAAAAGGAUCCAUUCAGGGGAGAAACCCUAUAAGUGCAUGGAAUGUGGGAAAGACUUCAGCCAGCGAAGUAAUCUUAUCUCCCAUAAAAGUAUACACUCGGGGGAGAAACCCUAUAAAUGUAUGGAGUGUGGGAAGAGCUUUAAUCAGCGAAGUAAUCUUAUUUCUCACAAAAGGAUCCACUCAGGAGAGAAACCCUACAAAUGCCUGGACUGUGAAAAGAGCUUCACUUGGAACUGUCAACUGACUUCUCAUAAAAAGAUCCACACAGGGGACAACCAAAUAAAUGUUUUGACUGUUGAAAGAGCUGCUUGGACUCCAGUUCUGAGCUGAUAAACACCAUCCGUCAAGUUGGAUACGAAUGCACAACAGACUCAAAGAAAGUAUUGUAUCUGCAAAGUUGAAGGAGGAAGGACAAGUCAGGAGCAGAGUAAUAGUCAAGUAGUCAAGGUGUGUCUAUUAAUAGAGACACACUGAGGAAUCCUCGAAAUAGAUGUGUCUAUUAAUAGAAGCACACUGAGUUGCUAAGCAUUUAUUCACGUGAUAGUGUACUUGUAAAGGGAUGUGGUGUUUGGUGGUUCGAAUCCCUAGCGCCAUGUAAUGGAGUGAGCUCCCGUUACUUGUCCCAGC